AGGAGCCCCAGCCCCGGGAUUCCCAGGUGCUUCUGCUUGCUGAUCAGGACUGCACAGAGAACUCACCAUGGAGUUGGGCUUGAGCUGGGUUUUCCUUCUUGCUAUUUUAGAAGGUGUCCAGUGUGAGGUGCAGCUGGUGGAGUCUGGGGGAGGCUUGGUACAGCCUGGGGGCUCCCUGAGACUCUCCUGUGCAGCCUCUGGAUUCACUUUCAGUAGCUACUGGAUGCACUGGGUCCGCCAGGCUCCAGGGAAGGGGCUGGAGUGGGUCUCACUUAUUAAUAGUGAUGGGGGUAGCACACGGUACGCCGACUCCGUGAAGGGCCGAUUCACCAUCUCCAGAGAGAACGCCAAGAACUCACUGUAUCUGCAAAUGAACAGUUUGAGAGCGGAAGACACAGCUGUGUAUUACUGUGCGAGAGACACAGUGAGGGGAAGUCAGCGUGAGCCCAGACACAAACCUCCCUGCAGGGCAUCUGAGACCACGAGGGGGUGUCCUGGGCCCUGUGAACUGGGCUGUUCUCUGUGGCAGGGGCUGGUGGUGCUAAAGGCUGACUUUCUCUCAGCAUCUGGGGCUGCCUCAUCAUCAAGUUUCCUCAGAGACCCUUUCAGAUUUACAAUUCUGUACUCACACUUAAUGUCUCUGAAUGUGACACUUUUCCCCCUGAUGUUUCUUUGCUUUUGUGACAAGAGGACACAUUCUCACCACCACGGAAGCCUGAGUGUCACUUUGGGAGCAGAAAUGACCCUCCCUGGUCACCAGAAUCAGAGUCCGAGGAAGCCCAGGGGAACCUGGGAAGUGUUUUCCAAUCAGACUCAGAGCGGAUGUCUCCAUGGGAAUCUCUGA